ACCUGACCCCCGGACCGGAAUGGCGCAGUUCGAGGAAGUAUCCCGGAAGUCCGCUCUCCACACCAAGCCAGAAGGCCUAGUGCUGCAGUACGGCACGGCAGGGUUCAGGACCAGCGCCAGACUCCUCGACCACGUCAUGUUCCGCAUGGGCCUGCUGGCCACGCUGCGCUCCAGGAAGACCCGAGCCAUCAUAGGAGUCAUGGUCACCGCGUCACACAACCCUGAGGAGGAUAAUGGGGUUAAGCUGGUGGACCCUAUGGGGGAGAUGGUGGCCUCGGCAUGGGAAGGCUAUGCCACCGUGCUGGCCAACGCUGAGCAGGACACACUCGUUGCGGCUCUGGAGGACGUCAUCGAGAGAGAAGCCAUCAGCAUGGACCAGCAGGCCAGUGUCUUCCUGGGCAGAGACACUAGAAGCAGCAGCGAUAGCCUAUCACAGGCAGUGUUGGAUGGAGUUUCUGCCCUCGGAGGUCAGAGCAGAGAUUAUGGCAAGGUGACGACACCCCAGCUUCACUACAUGGUGUGCUGUCAGAACACACAGGGUCGCUAUGGAGACGCUACAGUCGAGGGCUACUACCAGAAGCUGUCUCGGGCCUUCAUCCAACUCACCAAGAAUGUGUCUAACCGUACAGACGACCAGAAACACCUCCUGGUGGAUGGGGCUAACGGGAUCGGGGCUCUGAAAGUAUGUGAGCUGGAGAGAUACCUUCAGCAGGAGCUCAAGCUCUCCCUAGUCAACGACGGCAGCAGCGGGAAACUCAACCACCUGUGUGGAGCAGACUAUGUCAAGAUGCAGCAGAAAGCACCUGCAGGUGUGGAGAUGAGGGCAGGGGAGCGCUCCUGCUCCUUUGACGGGGAUGCAGACCGGAUCGUCUACUACUACAGAGACUCAGCAGGGAGCUUCCAUCUGCUGGACGGAGACAAGAUCGCCACACUCAUCAGCACCUACCUGAAGGACCUGCUCACACAGGCUGGGCUGGACCUGCAGAUAGCUGUGGUGCAAACAGCAUACGCUAAUGGGAGCUCCACAGACUACUUAGAAAAUACCAUGAAGGUGAAGGUGAAGUGCACCAAGACGGGAGUGAAGCACCUCCACCACGCAGCUCAGGAGUUCCACAUCGGGGUCUACUUUGAGGCCAACGGCCAUGGAACUGUGCUGUUCAGUGCAGCAGCAGAAGACAGGAUCCUGCAGCUGUCUCAGGACCCCAACAUCAACGACGAGAGGAAGAGAGCAGCGUUCCUGCUCCAGAACACGGUUGACCUCAUCAACCAGACAGUGGGUGAUGCCAUCUCAGACAUGUUGUUGAUAGAGGCUGUGCUGGCCAUCAGGGGCAUGACUAUUCAACAGUGGGACUCGAUCUACACAGACCUGCCCAACAGGCAGCUCAAAGUCAAGGUGGCAGAGCGGGGGGUGAUCGUCACCACGGACGCUGAGAGGAGGACCCUGAGCCCUGCAGGACUACAGGAAACCAUUGACUCCCUGGCCAGGAAGUACGGGCAGGGACGCGCCUUCGUACGGCCGUCUGGGACGGAGGACAUCGUCAGGGUGUAUGCAGAAGCAGCCAAUCAGGAGAGUGCAGACGCCCUGGCCUAUGAAGUUAGUCUAGCAGUACACCGCCUUGCUGGGGGAGUGGGAGAGGAGCCCAAACCUCCUCAGUAGAGAGAUCACACACACACACCACAUGAGGACACAAUGGAGUGUAAGCUAUGCUAAUGCUAGCUAUUGUAAUGCGAGCUAAAUUAAUGAUAGCUAUGUUAAUGAUAGCUAUGCUAAUGCUAGCACAUGCAGUGCCAAUCUUUUAGUCACCCUUUUUGCAUCUAUAACUUCAGGGGUCUCACAACAGCUUCGACAUGUCAAUGUAAGCGUAUUUAAUGUAUUAAAUAGGCUUUUCUUACAGACUGGAAUAAUCUACUCUAUUGAGCUUAUUUUACACUUUCUGAUGUUAAUUCAUAUUUGGUUGGUAUAAAAUUACUAUAUAAAAUCUUAUUGAUUGUGUUUCAUAA